AUGGAAAAUGGACCUCAUACAAGACCACUGAGUUCGAACAUUGUAGGCAAACACUUGCGCCACAUUGCAAACGCUGAUGGUGAGGCGUCGUUCACAGAUGGUUCUAGCCCAUCUGUAUUUGAUAAUGCAGAUGAGGCUCCGAGCACACGCAAUGCAACACCUAUGGACACCAAAGGUUUUUUAUCCGACAUCAAUGUACAAGAUAUAUCCACAACCCCGACUGUUCGACAUGAGGAAAAGAGCUGCGAUGUUAGCGCAUUUUUUGGCAAGCCAUACGCACACAAGGCCAAGGAUGGGAAGACUCGUACAGUCCAAGACUGCGAGCCAUGCAAAUUGUUAGCGACACUUCGACAUGUCGACGCCAUAUUGCCUUUCGGCAUCCAGUAA